CCACUGUCAACACAAGAUAUUAUCAUUGAUACGCUGGUAGCCGUCGCCAUGGCCACAUGGCCUUCCUCCCGCAGCACCCGCCCGCGUCUCGCCCUCCUCCGCCUGUUGACGGUUGCCAUCCCGCUCAUUCUAGGUUCUGUCGUUGCGGCGCCCGACGUUUUCUACACUCUCUACGCCGUUGUACGCAGCGGGCUCGCUGCUGAAGGCGUCGUGCUCGAGCGCGCUGGAGCCACCCCUUUCACACGCGGCCGCCUUCCGACAUCACACAGUGACAUUGGCUGAGUACGCCCAACGCUGAAGCGCUGAUGGUUGACGAUGGAUGUCAAUAGGGUUGUUCAGAGUAGGCUGUCCGGGCAGCUAUCGAGCCUGCUAUCCCGUCCAGAUGUCCGAGGCUCGACUCCGGCAAACGCCGACAGCGAGCCUCAGCUGUGAUCCUGAUCGCUGUCGCAGGGGCCUCGCUGACGGCGCGCGGUGGCACCGGCGCUCGGCACUCAGUCGGAAUGCAAACGCGAGGUUUGUACGGUGGCUGACCCUGAAUUAGGGCUUGUUAUGGAGCCCAAGUGCGGGCAGUGGUAAAUUGUGAAUAUGAACUGUUCUUGAAGUUGCUGUACGUAUCAAAAUGUAUUGAGAACAAUGAGAAGCAAUUAUUU